AUGGCUUCCGAUUGUGGUCCGCAACAAGCUUCAGAUAGCUUUCAUCUGGUCAACCGGCUUGACGCGAGCCGUAGCCCAUUGGACGGGUGUCACGUCAUGGAGCGCGAGUCCUUCGAGUCUCCCGACGUUGCUGCUCUCCUGAAUGAGCAUUUCAUCCCUAUCAAGGUGGAUCGAGAAGAACGGCCCGAUAUUGAUGCCGUGUAUAUGCAAUAUGUCCAGGCUACUACAGGUUCCGGAGGCUGGCCUCUGAAUGUCUUCCUGACUCCAGAUCUAGAGCCUGUAUUUGGCGGUACAUAUUUUCCGGGUCCUAGCGAAUCAUCUCAUGGGUCCGCACUUGCAGAUCAUGUUGGCUUUUUGGACAUUCUCAAAAAGCUGAGGACCGUGUGGGCGGAGCAAGAAGGAAAAUGCAGGGAUAGCGCAAAGGAUAUCAUCUCGCAGCUAAGAAAAUUUGCCGAAGAGGGUGUCCACGGUGAGAAGAUGAGCCAAAGGGAAGGUGAAGCGCUGGAGAUUGAGUUGUUAGAAGAGGCUUGUUCGCAUUUUGCAACACGAUUCGACAAGGUCAAUGGCGGUUUCUCAUCUGCCCCCAAGUUUCCCACGCCAGUGAAUUUGAGCUUCCUACUACAUUUAGGGCAAUGGCGCGAGUCCGUGAAGCACGUCGUGGGCGAAGAGGACUGCGAUGGUGCUAAGCACAUGGUCCUUCAUACCUUGAGAUGCAUGGCCAGAGGUGGUAUACGGGAUCAAAUUGGCUAUGGUUUCGCCCGAUAUUCGGUUACCAAGGAUUGGGGACUUCCACAUUUCGAAAAAAUGCUCUAUGAUCAAUCCCAACUGCUCAAUGUCUACCUUGAUGCAUUCCUUAUUAACCGUGACCCAGAAAUGCUCGGCGCCGUGUAUGACAUAUCUACUUAUCUGACCACGGCCCCCUUAGCAGCGUCUACUGGCGGGUUCUUCUCGGCAGAGGAUGCAGAUUCCUAUCCUACUAGGACUGCUGCGAACAAACGGGAGGGGGCUUAUUACGUCUGGACUUUAAAAGAGCUUAGGACCUUAUUUGACUCUCAUGUCAGCGACAUUCUGGCAGGUUUCUAUGGCGUCAACGAGGAAGGCAAUGUCUCGCGAGCUCAUGACCCCCAUCAGGAACUUGUUGGACAGAACGUGCUCAAAAUUAGUAACACCCCUUCGGCUUUAGCCGCCGAAUUCGAUAAACCGGAGUCCGACAUAAUAGCUGCUCUCAAGUCUGGACGUCAGAAGAUUCGCGAGCAUCGAGACGCUCAUCGCCCACGACCUGCUCUCGACGACAAGAUUGUCGUCGCAUGGAAUGGGUUAGCUAUAGGUGCACUAGCCCGCACCUCUGCUGCAUUGCGCUCCAUAGACACAAAGAAGGCAGAUGUUUGUCUGAAGUCUGCAGUUUCCGCAGCUGAGUUUAUCAAACGCGAGCUUUUUGACCGUGAGACACGAACUUUAUACCGUAUCUACCGCUCAGGUCGCGGUGACACAAAGGGACUGUGUGACGAUUAUGCCUUCCUCAUCCACGGUCUCAUCGACCUAUAUGAAGCAACUUUCGAUGACAGCCAUCUUCAAUUUGCGGACGAUUUGCAAAAAAUUCAGCUUGAGAAGUUCCGCGAUGUUGAAGGGGGAGGUGGAUUCUUCACCACCCCGUCACCACACCCUCCGGAUCUCUUGCUGAGGCUAAAGAACGGAAUGGAUUCUGCGGAGCCGAGCUCGAACAGCGUAAGCGCAAAUAACCUGUGGAGACUGAGUAGCAUGCUUGAUGAUGAAGAUUACGCUAAAGUGUCUCGGGAGACUGUCAUGGCCUUUGAGGCUGAGAUAGAACAAUUUCCGCAUACGUUCGCAGGCAUGCUUGGGUCUGUUGUGAUGGGUCGACUCGGGGUAAAGGGCGUUGUACUAAGCGGACAGGUACAAGAGGGGGUGAUAAAGAAACUGAGGGAAAGCGUAAGGCCUGGUACUACUGUCGUCGCUAUCGGAAACGGACUCGGCGAAUGGCUUAGAAAGAGGAACGCACUGCUCAGUGCUAUUGAUGCAGAAACCCCGAAUAUAACGGUUUGUGAAGGCCGCGUUUGCCGACAAGGCUCCGAAUUUUUAUGA